CGUUGCAUUCCAAAUAUAGUGUGGAUAGUCUGUAGAAGACUGUCUAUGUGAGAAUCGGUAUUGGCCCUGGGACUCCGUUUAGUGAAACGCCAGCACAAAGAGCUUGGAAUCUCUAGUCAACCACUUCAUUACCAUGUCCUCCACUCCUCUCCCGUCCGGCGACUCGCCCACCCUAGCCCUCGUCCACCCAACUGCGGCCGAAAAAGCCCACCAAUUCUCACUCAAUGGCUCCGUCUGGCGCGGUGCACUCACCCAAGAUUCCUACGAGCGCCGUGAAGCACAUCUCGCCAAGACGGCCCUAUCCUCCAACUCCGGAAUCACCUACUGGGUCCUCGUCGACACCUCCGAGCCGACUGCAACACGCCGAGUGCUGUGCGGCUGCGAGUCUCUCCGCAAACGAGCCCUCAUCUCACACCGAGGACGCACGCAGGAUCUCAUCUGCCAUGGCAUUGGCAGUGUAUUCUGCCCCCCUGAGCAUCGUGGGCGUGGGUAUGCACAGCGCAUGAUGCGCGAGCUAGGGCCGAAACUCAAGACGCACCAGGUUGCGGAGACGGGCUUUGAGAGCCUGUUCUCGGUGUUGUAUUCGGACAUUGGGAAAAAGUUCUACGCGUCAUUCGGAUGGAAACCGUUUCCUUCGAGCCAUAUCUCCGUACCGGCGUCUGCAGUCCAGCAUAAAGGCCCUGUGACGGCGUCGGAGCUACGUGCUGCCGAUUUAGAGGAUCUAUGUGCUGCAGACGAGAAGAUACUACGCAAAGCGCUGGAGGAACGAUCUGAAGACGCGCCACCCGCUGUAGCGUUGCUACCAAACAUUGAGACAAUUAGAUGGCAUCAUGCCCGAGAGGAAUUUGUGGGCUAUGAACUGCUUGGUCGCUCACCAGAUGUCAAGGGCGCCAUUGUAUCGCUGGAUGCAGGUAAACGUGCGUGGUGCUACUGGACACGGAUGUGGUACAAUCCGGAUGUGGAGGCGAGCAAGGGCAAUACCUUGCAUAUCUUGCGCCUUGUAGUUGAAGACGAAGGGGCUGCUCCGACAAACGGCACUGCCGUCAAUGGGACACACCACAAUGGUACAAACGACCGUGUACAUGGAGAGCAGCGCAGGCAGCUGGCAGUCGAAGCUCUACUUCGCGCUGCCCAGCUACAAGCGGCACAGUGGAAUAUGAAUGAGGUAGAGGUGUGGAGCCCGACGUCAAUCACAGUAGCCGCAGCAAAGCAGAUAGACGGCAAAGCCAAGGUCGUGGAUAGGGACUGCGAAAGCAUUGCGAGCUUGAUGUGGUACGGGACGAAGGAGGAAGAGGAUGGGGUGGAAUGGGUGAGCAACGAGAAAUAUGGCUGGUGUUGAGUCUUGCGGUUGUGAAUCGUAUAUCAGCUAAUAAUUGAACAACACUAUACACACGAUAUACACAUUUGCACAGGUGAGAGGAUCAGGAUUGAAUGAAAAUAUUUUAUUACUCUAUAACCACUAUAUAAAAAAACCCAGUUGCAAGUGUCCUGUCAGACGACCACCAACACCCACCCCAGCCCAGACACGACGAGCGUACCAAAGACCAGGGUCGAGAUCAUCGCCACGCGUAUCUGUAGCAAGUACAGUGCGCGCACCAUAGCGGCAGUCACUCUAGGGCGUCGGGGUUAUACAUCAUCACCCAGGUUCAGCACUGAAGCUUUUUUCUGUGGUUAACAGAGGGUCGUUUACUAUAGAGAUGAUUCUAUGAAGUCUGCAGGAGAGAUGAUGUUAGUACAUGCUAAUGAAUAAACCUUUCCAUGCCAUAGAAGCAGAGGUAGAAAGUGUAGGUAGGCGGGGAGAACUUAC